AGACAGGGAGGGGAGUGUGCGCUAGGCUUUGGAAACAGGCAUGCAGACAGCCGACCACUGCAAAGUGUUGAGCGCGGGACAGACUGGCUUUAGCCCACACCGCUCUCCCUCUCUCCAAGAGAAGACCCGAACCUCUCAUCCCAACCAAUUAUGUGAAAAUCAGACGGGAACGUUAGUCAGAUGUUUAAACUCAUCGUCGCUUCAUUGUACUUGAGUGCGGUCUAUUUUCAACACUGUCACACAGUUUGCAGCCAGGCUACAUAUCCACAAGGAUACCUGGUGUGAGAUGCGGCAAUGUCCCGAGGAAUAUGCCCACGCGUAAUCUCUUGCGGAUCCUUUUGGAUUUUGUCAGCGGUCAUAUUUGCGGCACAUUUGAUCGACGUGGACGCGUACAGCUGUCAUGAAGUGAAGACCGCUUUCCAGCUGCGGCAGGUCGGGCCGCUGCACCGCGUCCCGGAGACACCUGGCACAGAUGUGGAUCUGAUGAUUUGUAAGCACCAGGGUCCGUCUUGCUGCACCCGGAAGAUGGAGGAGAGCUACCAGUUGGCUGUAAAAAGGGAAACCCUCCAAAACAUUCAGUCCUACAGCUAUGAGCUCGAGCACCUCAUCUCCGGCCACUCGGAUGCCUUCCAGGACAUGUUCCAGUACCUGCUAUCCUUCUCCCAGGGCCACCUGAGCUCUCUGUUAGAGGGAACCUACCCAUCCCUGUCCCACCAUGCUCUGCCCCAUGUUAACCAGCUCUUCGCCUCACUGUCCCUCUACCUCCGUGGGGCCAACGUGUCAGUGGAAGCGUCAGUUCACCAAUUCUUCAACAACCUCUUCCCACUCGUCUACACAAGGCUCAUCAAUCCAGGCAUCGAAGGCAACAUGAUGGUGGGCAUUGAAAUGGGCGACUGUCUCCGUAUGAUCAGGCAGGAUGUCAACCCUUUCGGGAGUCAUCCAGCCGUCAUGGCCCAGGAAAUGGCAGAGGCGUUGGGAGCCGGGAGACAGCUCGGCCUGGCCCUGGAGGAGGGUCUGGAGGUGAUGAAUGCCACCGAACAUGUCAGCAUGAGCAAAGAGUGUGUGAAGGGCCUGGUGAAGAUGGUGUACUGCUCCCACUGCAGGGGACUGACGCUCAUCAAGCCCUGCGUGGGAUACUGUCUGAAUGUAAUGCGGGGCUGUUUGGCCAGCGUGUCGGAGCUGGAUCAGCCUUGGAGGAGGUACACCAGCCUGUUGGAGCAACUGACCCACGCCAUGGCGGGACACCACAGUCUGGAACUAGCCCUUCUGGGGGCCAGGGACCACGUUAAUGAGGCCCUGCUCUACGCACAGCUCCAUGGUCCACUCAUCACCGCCACGGUGGACAAGGUGUGUGGCCUGUCUACUGGAGCGCCCACAAGCAUGCGGCCUACUAGCCCUGAGGUCACAACCUCUUCUGUGACCUCAACUUCUCUUCCUCCAUCUGCCGCCCCCUCCCAAUCCUUACCAGAGCAGUGGCAGUCGCAGUUAGCCCACUUGAGGAGCUCGUUCCCCCUGAAACCCUCCAAGAACAAUAAACAUAAUCUGAGAACCCUCUCUAGGGAGUUCUUGAUGUACCUGCAGCGCUACAAGUCUUUCUUUGCAGCAUUGCCAGAGAUGCUGUGCGAAGGAGACAAUGUUGUUGACGACUCCACAUGCUGGAGCGGAGAAGACGUGGUGGAGAGGGAGAAACAGGGAGAGCGCUACAACCGGGAGACCCAGGAGAAGUUUCCUAAGCUGGGCCAGAUGGAGGCCUGGGAUGAGUUGGGCAGUGGGGAAACAGAUGAGGGCAGCACCACAGACUGUGACGAUGAAGAUGGCUGUCAAGCCUCAGGAGACGGUCAAGAACAUACUUCACAUACAGCCUCAAGUGGAGGGAAGCCCUUGGGGAGACAGCCUGGAGGUGAAAGCCCACGCGAGAACCCUUCCAAGCCCCCCUCGGUGAAGGUGAUAGGGGGCUCAGCGACGGCCAGCUGGGCACGGCUGUGGAGCCUCGCACUGCUCUUUGCUGCACUUUGCCUGCAAUGGACCCUGUUCUGAUUCCAGCAUCUUCUGUGAAUCCCCCACCGACCCCUGCCUCCUCUAGGAUCAACAUACAUGCACAGAGACACUCAUAUCAUAUACAUACCAAGCAUAGUAUCCUUUCUCCUGCCAUUGAUGGGUGGUUAUAACGGAAAAUCGGCAAAGAAGACAAGUUGUGGAAGAGAAGAGGACACGUGCAGGAACUUGUUGUCCUUCAGCAACACUGAUGUUGGUGAAGCUCAUCUCAUGCACGCUGAUCUUCUAAAAUUAGUCGGGUUGCUUCUAGGCUGUUUUGGGGGGCUGGACGUUUAUGUUUACAGACAUCAAUACAGCCCCAUCACUCACAUAUCACACCUUUUGUUGUCAGAAUGGGUCAGCAUCAUUCUGGUUUGACUUAAAAAACGCUUACACAUAUAGACUCACAUUCACGUUUCACAUGUACAAAUAUAGCCGGCUUAUUUUCCUGCUGUUGGUUUUUGCUUAUCCUUCGGAGCUAAAAACACCAUCACGGCCACUGCACCAUCUGCCAGCCAGGCAGAAGAAUUCAUUUGAAAACUCCACUCAUUUUCUUUUGGAGGAUUAAGGAAUGCAUGAUAGAUUGAUAGAUCAAUCCCAGGUGCCUGGCCCAGAACAGCAGAUUUGUUAUACUCUAAUGACUGUGUACCUUGGCGGGGAUUAGAAUGUAAUGAGUUCACAGGUAGAGCACGGGCACACUUGCACGGCUGAACACAUUGUGCAGACAAACUAGGUGUGUAUAGUAUGUAACUGUAUAUAGGUGGAAAGAUUUGAAAAGUGUCUGAGGUACUGAUUCAACAAAAAGCUCUUAACUGAUCGAGCUAAUUGGGUUUUUUCCCUUAGCUAUGAAUGGACUGUGCUUGUCUGCUUCAUACUACGUAUAAAAUAAUGCAACAAAAACCUAGAGAUAUCGUUUCUGUAAGAAAUAAAGCAGGAAUGCACAUCAUUUUUGAACUCAAGCCAACUACAGAAAUGGACACAUUUUGGAUGUUUGAACAAAGCUUGUACAUUGUUGAUUUUACUAAUGUUUAUUGUGCAUCCAGUUUUGUGUGUUUGCUUGUUGAAUUGCACAUUAAUGCAUGAAUGACCUAUCAAGUUAUCAAAAUUGUUAUGGUAGGAUCAGGGCCUUAUUUGGGGAAGCAUCGGAAAAUCAUAUAUCAUUUUUAUUCCAGUAUAUCUCACUGAUGCUGCGAAGUCAGGUUUUAUCUUUCUCUCUCAAAGGUCGAUUUGUCCCAUGCAGAUUUAAAUACAUUUUAACUCACACAAAAAGAGAAAUGUGGGUGUAUCUGUUGCCCAGUAUAAUCACUAAACAGAAGCAAUAGUGCACAAUGGCUAACACUAUACUACGGUAUAUACUGUAUAUCCAUUGUGUCCCUCUUCAUGGAUUUAUCUUACACUUUGCCAAAUAAGCUCUAUUGUCUCGUCACUCACUCUUAAGCAGACCAUUCCUUGGAAUUCCAACAGAAUAAAAGCAAAUCUUAUUUUGUUUUUUAAAUGAUUCCUCAUGGGGAUGGAGCAAAAGGGAAUUUCAACAAAAGACUCUGUGACUGCUAGAAUGGCUUCCUCUGUGUAUCUGUUUUCGCUCUGUGUAGAUGAGAAUGCUUAAUGUACACUUAAGUACCUGAAUGAAUAGUGUGAAUGAGUUUGAAUGUACGGUCAAUGCUAUGCAGAUACAGUAAUAUACCUGAUAAUCCCUAAAAGCUAUAUGGAUACAGUAUCUAAGGCAAACAGGUCUACACACUUACAAGGGUCUAUGUGCAGUGAAAUAUCUCCUCUAUUAACUUGCCUGUUUUGUAAACAGCUCUCCCUCUCCCUACUGAACAGUAACUCACCAUUGACUCUGCCUAAAAGUAGAAGACCCGCUUAACUACUCACAUAUACAUGCAAUAUACAUUACUUUGCAGCUAUAUAAGGUUUUAGCAAUUUAAAUGUGUCACAUCUUAUGUUCUGUAACCACAUUUGUUUAGAUCAUACUGUAUGAGUUCCUCAAUGUAUGUUUUGUUAAUGACUGUCGUUCAAUGCACCCACAGUUCACUUACAGCCCUUUACCCUUGCAUGUGUAUAAAUGUAUAUAUUUUAAGUCACUUGCCGUUUGUUUUGUGUCUCAUUGUGUUUCUUUUGUAUCGGUAUGAUACAGUGUACCUGAGCUCUAUUAAAAGUGCUCUGCUUGUCUGCCUGUGUUGGUACCUGCUCUUUA